AUGCCGUCAGCCUUGGCCAUCUUCACUUGUCGCCCGAACUCACACCCGUUUCAGGAGCGUCAUGUCUACCUGGACGAGCCUAUUAAAAUCGGCCGCUCGGUGGCCCGCUGUCGACCAGCACAGAAUAAUGCUACCUUUGAUUGCAAAGUGCUGUCAAGGAACCAUGCUCUCGUCUGGUUUGAUCACAAGACGGGCAAGUUUUAUCUCCAAGACACUAAAAGUAGUAAUGGUACCUUUAUAAAUAGUCAGAGAUUGAGUCGAGGCUCUGAAGAAAGUCCACCAUGUGAAAUUCUUUCCGGUGACAUUAUCCAGUUUGGGGUAGAUGUGACGGAGAACACACGGAAAGUUACCCAUGGGUGUAUUGUUUCCACAAUAAAACUUUUUCUACCAGAUGGUAUGGAAGCCCGGCUCCGCUCAGAUGUCAUCCAUGCUCCAUUACCAAGUCCUGUUGACAAAGUUGCUGCUAACACUCCAAGUAUGUACUCUCAGGAACUAUUCCAGCUUUCUCAGUAUCUUCAGGAGGCCUUACAUCGGGAACAGAUGUUGGAACAGAAGUUAGCCACGCUUCAGCGGCUACUAGCCAUCACCCAGGAGGCUUCAGAUACCAGUUGGCAGGCUUUAAUAGAUGAAGAUAGACUCUUAUCACGGUUAGAGGUUAUGGGAAACCAAUUACAGGCUUGCUCCAAAAAUCAAACAGAAGAUAGUUUACGGAAGGAACUUAUAGCAUUACAGGAGGAUAAACACAACUAUGAGACGACAGCCAAAGAGUCCCUGAGGCGGGUUCUUCAGGAGAAAAUUGAAGUGGUUAGAAAACUUUCAGAAGUUGAGCGAAGUCUGAGUAAUACUGAAGAUGAAUGUACCCACCUGAAAGAAAUGAAUGAACGGACUCAGGAAGAAUUAAGAGAAUUAGCCAAUAAAUAUAAUGGAGCAGUUAAUGAGAUUAAAGAUUUAUCUGAUAAAUUAAAGGUAGCAGAGGGAAAACAAGAGGAAAUCCAACAGAAGGGACAAGCUGAGAAAAAAGAAUUACAACAUAAAAUAGAUGAAAUGGAAGAAAAAGAACAGGAGCUCCAGGCAAAAAUAGAAGCUUUGCAAGCUGAUAAUGACUUCACCAAUGAAAGGCUAACAGCUUUACAAGUACGGUUAGAACAUCUUCAAGAGAAAACUCUUAAAGAAUGCAGCAGCUUAGGGACACAAGUUGAUGACUUCUUACCUAAAAUAAAUGGGAGCACAGAAAAAGAGCACUUGCUUUCAAAGAGUGGCGGGGACUGCACUUUUAUUCAUCAAUUCAUAGAAUGCCAGAAGAAGCUGAUCGUCGAGGGGCAUCUAACCAAAGUGGUAGAAGAAACAAAGCUUUCAAAAGGUUCGUUUUCUGUGGGUUUCUGUGGCAUUUUUCUGUGGGUUUUGACAACUCUUUUGGAUAAUGAAGAGAACCAGGCAAGAGCAAAGGAAUCUGAUUUAUCAGAUACCCUGAGUCCAAGCAAGGAGAAAAGUAGUGACGACACUACAGACGCCCAAAUGGAUGAGCAAGACCUAAAUGAACCCUUUGCUAAAGUGUCCCUAUUAAAAGAAGAUGGGGAGGAAAGGCGAUUCAUGGAAGAAGUAUCAUUUGAGAUGACCCUGAAAGGAUGGACUGCGAUAGCAGGGGGAAUUUAUAGAGAAAGAGAAGAACAAUGGGAAGGACAAAGGAGCCAACAAAAGAUCCAGUUGUCAAGAAGGAACCCGGCUGGUCAGAAGGAAUGGCAAAGGGAUGACUUGCAGGGUGCACAGUCAGAAAUUGAGGCAAAACAAGAAAUUCAGCAUCUUCGGAAGGAAUUGAUUGAAGCCCAGGAACUAGCUAGAGCAAGUAAACAAAAAUGCUUUGAACUUCAAGCUCUUUUGGAAGAAGAAAGAAAAGCCUAUCGAAAUCAAGUUGAGGAAUCCAGUAAACAAAUACAGGUUCUUCAAGCCCAACUGCAGAGGUUACACAUCAAUAUUGAGAAUCUCCGGGAGGAGAAGGAUAGUGAAAUCACCGGCACUCGAGAUGAAUUGCUUAGUGCCCGAGAUGAAAUUUUACUCCUUCAUCAAGCAGCAGAAAAGGCUGCCUCUGAGCGGGACACUGACAUUGCUUCUCUACAAGAAGAGCUUAAGAAAGUGCGAGCCGAGCUUGAGCGGUGGCGGAAAGCAGCAUCUGAAUAUGAGAAAGAAAUCAUGAGUUUGCAAAAUACUUUUCAGCUUCGAUGUCAGCAAUGUGAGGACCAGCAGAGAGAAGAAGCAACGAGGCUACAAGGUGAACUAGAGAAGUUGAGAAAGGAAUGGAAUGUAUUGGAAGCCGAAUGCCGUUCUCUAAAAAAGGAAAACGUUUUGCUAUCAUCAGAACUGCAGCGGCAAGAAAAAGAAUUGCACAAUUCUCAGAAGCAGAGUUUAGAGCUUACCAGUGAUCUCAGCAUCCUGCAGAUGACUAGGAAAGAGCUUGAGAAUCAAGUGGGAUCCUUGAAAGAACAGCAUCUUCGGGAUUCAGCUGAUUUAAAAACUCUUCUCAGUAAGGCUGAAAACCAAGCAAAGGAUGUACAGAAAGAGUAUGAAAAGACACAGACUGUACUCUCAGAACUGAAGUUGAAGUUUGAAAUGACUGAGCAGGAAAAACAAUCAAUCACAGAUGAGCUCAAACAAUGUAAAGACAACCUGAAGCUGCUGCGAGAGAAAGGAAAUAAUAAACCCUGGCCCUGGAUGCCCAUGUUGGCUGCCCUGGUUGCGGUGACAGCCAUCGUGCUGUACGUGCCAGGUCUGGCCAGAGCUUCUCCAUGAGAGCGUUUCUUGAGUCCGUACACCGUCCUCCCUCUAGAAGCUGGCACCACACUCAUGCUGGGGACAAACCAGAACCAUUUUCUUCCUUUUUACCUCUUAAAACAGCAGAAGUGCAAGAAUACAGCUGUAGGGUCAUUGCUUUAAAUUAUAUAAAAUGUAUCUGUCUAUAAAGAGGAUAUAAAAUUGUGACUUUAUUCUACUGUAAGCAAUAAUUUGCUUGCAAUUUUUCAUGUAAUUUUUAAAUUAGUAUGUUGAAAUUCUGAAUAUUAUGGUGGCCUAAAGUAGGCUUCUUGGUACACCAAAUUAUUUAUAACAUUAAAUUUAUGGGUAUUUUACUCUGAAUUCUAAUGGCCAGAUAACUCAUUUUUUUUGAUUCGAUAACUACCCAAACCAAACAACUGAUACAUACAUGGGAAGAGAGGCCCUGUGUGCUCAGUGCCUAUCAGUUUGAAUAUAUACACAUAUAUAUAUAUAUUUUUUACAUAUUUACGCCAUUUUUACUUGUUAUAAAACCACUGAGCUAUUGGGAACAAGACUUAGAGACAACUAUUUGCGUGGAUUUUUUUUUUUUUUUUAAGGAGAAAUACACUUGGAAAAUACUCUGUUCUAGUGAUAAUUUGGGGAAUAUAUGCACGUUUGUUCAGCCUUAAUGUGACUUGAUGAUGUGGAGGACAUCAACUUUGAAAAACUUUCCAUGAGAGUGUGUAUUUUCUUGAGCAAACUGAAGUAUUUCUGGGAGCAAAAACAUAGUAAUUAUACAGUUUCAGUGCAGUAAACCAAACUGUUGAGUCAAUUGGAAUGUAAUUUAUUAAACCUCAUGUAUUUAAAGAGAUAUUUUCUUUAAAAGCCAAGUUACUUUCUCAUAUACAGCAUUUUAGGAAGCAUGACUUUUUUUUUCCUAUCAUCUCUUCCUCCAAGCAUGUUUAAUUGAAGAAAGAAUUAAUAUCUCUUUAGAUAAGCUUUUACUGACUUAAUUUGGUUAAUGAUAUUUCAAAGCUAAUUCAUGUUCGAGGUGAGCUGUUGUUACCUACCAACAGAUUUCCUGGUUGGGGAGGCAAAUGGUCAUUUUCUUUUUAUUGUUGUUAAUUGGGACGUUCUGUUAAUGAGAAGCACUAUUCCCAAGAUUAAUAGUGUUCCAUGCACAGUAAAGCACCUAAACACUGCUUGAUGUUACAAAUUUAAAACACGGAAGUGAAGGUUUAGCUAUGGUUUUUGUGCGGCACCACAGUUAUGUCAAUGAAGUUUAUAUAGGUCAUAGAAUAUCCUAAAGUAUCACAUAGUUAAAUUUUUCAGUCAGUGAAAACUGAGAGGGAAUGUCAGUGAAUUGGCUUGAAUGUUCUGUGGCAAUCCACAGGCCUAGCCGAAUAUUGAAAUAGAAGUUUAGGAUAUAAUUUGCCUUGUAAUGUUUGGCAGUCAUUGUUUAUACUUUAAAGGUUAUAUUUUAAGCCAUUUGGGGUUUGCUGUUGGGAGGAUCACUAGAUUUAUGGAGGAAUUAGUCACAAAUGACUUGUAGAAAAUACUGUCAUAUAGUUCAUUUCAUCAUUUUCUGUUGCAGGAAGCCACUCCACCACAGAAUGCUAAUAUGCCAGUGGUACCCAGUACCUCCUGUAUAUAGGUUAUUGCAAAUAUUGUUCUGAAAUGCUUAACUUCAGAAUUACAUUUUUUAAAGUAAAUAAUUGUUUUAAAUCUAUUUUGUAAAGAUAUAAAGUACAAUAGAAUUUCUGGAGUACAGAUUAAACUAUUUGCACUAACACACGUGAUGUGCAUGAUUUAAUAAAAUAACUUUACUCUCCCUA